CCAGAGAAGAGUCUUACCCUUUCAAAAUUCUUGAAGAAAGAAAUAAAAGAUCUGCUUUCUUCAAGUUCUUUUGUUUACUAUAAUUAAUAUCUCUCUCUGCUCCGGGCAAUCUGCAAUCUUUGAUUUCAGGUUGCAAUUUCAUCAAAGUAUGGGUCUUUCGCCUUAUUCAUCCCCGGCGGACGGCGGUGUUCUAUGUGUGAUCCUCUUCAACACCGCCAUGUCCAUUUCCAUGAUCAAGGAGAUGGUAAGGUCAAUCCUUAGUGUCAUCGGCAUUCCCAUUGCUUCCCCAUGGGAAGAGUACCCCGCGGGAGAUGCAAUUGAAGAAUGCCGUGCAUCUCCCUCCGAGUCGUACAUGGAGGAGUUUCGGAGCCAGACUCUGACACUUCGAUACGACUCGUUUGAACCAGAUGCAGAGAUAAACCUGUUGUCGUGCGGGCACGUCUUCCACUUGUCGUGUCUUGAGAAAUGGGUCAAGUCUUGGGGGGUCACAUGCCCGCUCUGCAGGAAUUCAGUCAUGACGCUACACCAACAAGACGAUGAAGAAAAUGUGAUGAUUUGUCCAAUGUGACCGCCUUGGGCUGUGCUAGGGGUACACCAAGAUGUGUACUCCAUUUGUACAUCAAAUGUAUCACAGACACAAACAGUCUGUGUAUGUUGUUUUGUCUAUGUGUCUGUGAUACACUUGGUGUACAAAUGAGUAGACAUGUAUCCCAAGCUUUAUUUUCUCAUGUACAUGUGCUUGCUCUAGGUAGUAGUGGUGUAGAGGCCGGAGCGUAUGAGUGAAUGGCGUCUUUUUUUCAUAAAAAAGAACCUCCUCCUGCACAUGUAAAUGAUGUCAUAUGUGACGCCAUUUGAUUUCAGAUCAAAGUGGAAUCGCAUAUGACAUUUGUUCCUCAAAUGUAUAGGAGGAUGGUUUUUCU